AUGGAUUAAGCCCAAAAAAUGUAAAAUUAGAAAAUAGAGAAAUAUCCUCCAAAACCUUCUAAUACUCCAUAAUUUAGAAAAGAAAUAAAUUAAUAUUUCCUUGCAAAACAAAAUAAAAAUGAAGAAGUUAAAUAACAACCCACUUCAAGAAAAUCUCGAAAUAUUUAGGGAUAUUCUUAAGAAAAAUUAGCUUAGGCAUAACCAAAUGAGGGAAAUUAGCCAUUAAAUAAAUCUGGAUAGUUUUUACAAAAAUCAUUGGAAGUAUGAUUUUGAUUAAAUUAGAAAAGCUAAUUAAAUGAGGAUGAAUUCAAAUAGAAAUAUAAUAUUAUCUUUACAAAAUAACAAUAAAUUCUUUUGCAGAACCCAGACUAUAAAGAAAAUUUCUGGUAAUUUCAUAGAAUAAUAUAAAACAUGGAUAAAGAAAUAGGUGUUUUAAAAAAAGAAAAUGAAACCUAAAAAACCGAAAAUUAGAAGCAAGUUAAUUAUCAAUAGUAAAUUAACAAUUUAAAUUAAAAAUAAAUGUAAGGAAUGAGAUAUAAUUUAGAUAAUUAGAUUAAUAGAAUAAUUAAUUGAAGACACAGAUUAAGUAACAAGAAGCUGAAGUUUUGUAAAUUUAUAAUUUAAUACUUUUAGUAAAGAAAAGAAUAAAGUUUAAAAAUUAGAAGAUGAUCUCAAAAAUUUGGAGAAAAUUGAGCAUGAAAAUAAUUAGUUAAAACAAGAAAUAAUCUCAUUAAAAGAUAAUAUUACCUCAUAAUAAGUAAAAUUAGAUAAUUUGGAUAAUCAAUUUAAAAAUCAAUCCAAAAUAUUUUAUGAAUCUCAAGAGGAAUUUCAGAAUUUGUUGAUUUAAAAAUUAAAAGAAACAUUUCCAAAAUUAGAUAUAAAUCAUAUUUCCAUCAAAUCUGAUAAGACACUUUAAGAAUAAUUGAAGAGUAUAGUAAUUUAAAAUGAAAAGACUAUCGAUUCAAAUAUUGAAUAAAUAGAGAAAAAGAUGGUUUAAUAUAUGAUAGAAAUAAGAGUUGAAGAAUCUAAAAAGGAGGAGUAUUUAGAAAAUUUAAAUGAAAUAAAUCCUGCAUUCGAAAAUGUUUUAAAUGCAACUGAGAGUGUUAAAAAAGCAAUAGAAAAUUUAAUUAAAAAGAAUGAGAAGAUAGUUUGGAACUCGAAUAACAAAGAAUAAUAAAAAGUUACAUAUUUAUAAUAACAUUUGGUUGCUUUCAAUAGUUUUUCAUUAAUCGUUAAAAAGGUACACACUUAUUUAUAAUUUAUAAUCAAUUAAGCAUAAAGAUUCGCUUAAUCUAAAUAUAUUUUCUAAUCUUUUCUUAUUGGGCAGUCUUUGAAACAAAAUUAAGACUAAUUCGAGUCCACAGCAGAAAAGUAAAAGCCAGAGAUUAUUACAAACGAAAUUAAUUAGUUAAGUCAAUUUAAAAGUUAAAGUUCUCAAUAAUAAUCUACAGUAAAAAAUAGCUAGAAUUUCUAACAGGAACAAACUUCAAAAGUGACUUAGGAAGUAUAGACUAAUAUAAGUUUAUAAUUAUUUAUGAACUUUAGUUACGCUUUAGAAUAAAGACAAAGCAAUUUAGACUUAAGGUACUGCCUAAGUUUGUGGUCGAUGUAAAUAUCAAAGCCUUUUGACUCAAGAAAUUACAAUGGUAGUAAAAUGCCAUUGUUGGCUAUUUGGAAAUCGCCUUAACAAAGCUAAAGAAAUUAAUAUCUGA